CCCCGGCGGGGGGGGCCCGCCGCCAUGACGGGCCCCGACCCCCAGGCCCUGGCUUGUAUGAUAUUUUACGCGCAGGAAAAAUAUUUCAACUGUGCGACGCGUACGGCAAGUUUCGAACUGGACGAGCGUGCCGGCGGUCCCGUGUGGCUGUUUUUCAAGGCGUAUGCGGCGUUACAUUUAGGUCAAAUACAAGAUGCUAUUUUGUGGCUGGAGAAUGCCAGAAAGUGUCACACCGAUAUGUCAUUGUGUUGCCUUUUGGCACUCAUUUAUGCACACAAAAGAUGUGAAGCCAUUGAUCGUGAGGCUGUUUUGGAGCUGGAGAACAAAUUAAAGGAAACUCGGAAGAAUAUAGGGAUUAAUGCAUUGUACUAUGCAGGAAUGUUUCUGUGGCUAAUGGGUAAAAAUGAUAAAGCAGUUGAAUACAUUGACAGAAUGCUGAAAAUGUCUAAUGGAUCUAGAGAGGGCCUUGUGCUUAAAGGAUGGGUGUAUUCCACCUCUGACAAACAGAAUGCUUUUAAGAAAUCUAUCAAAUACCUAGAUGAAGGGACACAAGACACUACUGAUAUAUUUGGGAUGAUGGGAAAGAUAAGAUAUUUCAUGAUGCAACAGAAUUAUUCAGCUGCUCUGGAAGUUGUUAAUCAAAUAAUAGUUGCUUACCCCAGUUUCAUGCCAGCAUUAAUCCUAAAGAUGAGGCUAUAUUUAGCUCAGCAAGACUGGGAGCAAACUUUAGAGACUGCACGAAGAAUCCUGAGCAAAGAUGAGACCAAUAUAGAUGGACUUCAAACUGUUAUUGUAAAUGAGCUUUCAAGGACUGGAAAUUAUGAUGUGGCAUCAUCUCAGCUUGGAAAGCUGAUUCAUUCUUUGGAAACUAAUGAACCUCAAAACACAGACCUUCACUUUCAGAAAAUCUGUGUGAUCAGUAGAUUGUGUGGCAAGAAUCAAUGUAUCUUACAGAAAAUAUAUCGAUUCAUUGAACAUUCAGCUAUGAAAUUAAUAAUGCCAGAGGUUGAUUUUACCAAUGAGCUGGGAUAUCAACUGAUCCUUCAGGGGAAAUGGAAAGAUGCUUCUGUGUGGUAUGGAAAAUCUAUACAGCUGGAUGAAGGCAGUGUAGAUGCAAUCACAGGGAUUAUUUGGUGCCAGGUUUUGGAAGGGAAGUUUGAAGAAGCAGAGCACCAGCUGGAAUUUCUGAAAGAAAUUCAGAAGUCCUUUGAAAGAACUGCAGUCCUAAUUUAUCUUCAGGCAGUUAUUGCUUCAAAGAAAAGCAAGAAUGAACAGGUUGCCAUUACUCUUUUGAAUGAAGCUGCAGAACUUCAUUUUUCUGCCUUGCAUGGCCUUCCUCUGAGUAUGGAAUAUUAUGAAAAAUUAAAUCCCAUGUUUUUGAUUGAAGUUGUAAAGGAGUAUUUGGUCUUCUGUCCCAAACAGCCUCGGUCACCUGGUCAAAUUAUAUCUCCUAUUCUUAAGCAAGCAUCUAUAAUUUUGAAUCCAGUGGUUAAAGCUGUCCCUGGCAUGAUGGAGCCUCUCUAUCUAAUGGCUCAAGUUAAAUAUUUAUCAGGAGAAUUAGAAAAUGCACAAGGUACACUGCAACGCUGUCUGGAUUUAGAUCCUACCUCAGCAGAUGUCCAUCUUCUAAUGGCCCAGAUCUAUCUAUGUCAAGGAAACUUUAAGGAAUGUUCGUAUUCAUUGGAGGUGGGGGUUAGUCACAAUUUUCAGGUUCGUGAUUAUCCACUAUAUCACUUCAUCAAGGCUAGAGCAAAUAAUAAAGCAGGAGAUCAUCCAGAAGCCAUCAAAAUUUUAAAAAUGAUUAUCAAUUUACCUUUUAUGAAGAAAGGUGAAAUUAAAAAAGUCCAUGGUACCCGUGUGACAACCAGUGAACAGGUAUCCAUAUACCUAGAACUUGCAGAAGCUCUUCGACUAAAUGGGGAGUUGCAUGAAGCUACUAAGAUAAUGCAGGAUGCCAUUAAUGAAUUCAGUGGAACUCCAGAGGAAAUCCGCAUCACUGUUGCUAACAUAGAUUUGGCUCUGAGUAAAGGGGAAGUGGAAAUAGCACUAAGUGCACUGAGAAAUAUCACACCAAGCCAACCAUAUUAUAUUGAGGUUAAAGAAAAGAUGGCUCAGAUAUACCUUCAUAUACGAAAGGAUAAGAGGCUAUACAUUGGAUGCUAUUGUGAACUUUGUGAACAUUUGCCAAGUCCUCAUACUAGCCUUCUCUUGGGAGAUGCCUACAUGAAUAUUCAAGAGCCAGAGAAAGCUGUGGAAGUAUAUGAAGCAGCUCAAAGGAAGAAUCCUUUGGAUGCAGCACUGGCCAGAAAAAUUGGACAAGCAUAUGUGAAAACACAUCAAUAUAAUAAGGCUAUUAAUUACUAUGAAGUGGCUCUAAAGAUGAGUAAGCAGGAUUUCUUGUGCCAUGAUCUUGCUGGACUCCUCCUCAAACUCAAGAAGUUCAGCAAAGCAGAAAGAGUUUUGAAUCAGGCUUUGGACCAUGACUUUGUUAAUGACUUGCCUUAUAUGAUGAAAGAUGUCAAGAGCCUGAUUUUACUAGCAAAAGUUUACAAAAUCAAUAAACAAGAAGAAGUGGUGGGAACUUUGAAGAAGGCCUUUGACAUACAGGUGAGGGUACUGAACCGUAUACCUCUGGAACAACCUGAACUGAUUCCUUCUCAGAAGCGGUGUGCAUCACUGAUCUGCGUUCAGUUUGCUGAACAUUACCUAAGCGAGAAGGACUACGUGCAAGCUGUUAAGAACUACAAAGAGGCACUAUUUUAUACUCCAACAGACAGUAAAGUUACAUUGCAGUUGGCUCAUCUUUAUUUGCUAUAUGGCGACAUCGAGUCAUGUGAACAUCAGUGUGCUCUGCUUCUUCAAGAUGACAAUAGCAAUGAAAUUGCAGCAAUGAUGAUGGCAGAUCUUAUGUUUAGAAAACAAAAGUAUGAGCAAGCUAUAUACCUUUACCAGAAGGUUCUGGAUAAAGCACCAGAUAACUUCUCAGUCAUGGAAAGAUUAAUUGAUUUACUAAGAAGAAGUGGUAAGCUUGAUAAAGCUACAUUCUUCUUUGAAAUGGCAAGGAAACAUUCAACUCGAAUACCUUUAGAGCCUGGUUAUAACUACUGCAAAGGACUUUACUGCUGGCACAUGGGACAACCCAAUCAAGCACUGAAGUAUUUCAACAAAGCUCGAAAGGACAGUGAGUGGGGUCAGAGAGCCAUCAGCAGUAUGGUUCAGAUUUGUCUAAAUCCUGAUAAUGAGAUAUUAGGAGGAGAAGUGUUUGAAGGCCUUAAUGAAGAGAACAGUAACUUAAAAGAGAAGCAAGAAGCUCAGCAACAUGGGGUGUGCACAGCUGAGAAACUACUGAAGGAGUUUUAUCCUCGAUCCCAAGAUGAUCAAAAUCAACUAAAGAUGCUACAGAACUGCUGUUUGAUGACCACAAAAGACAAAAGUAACGUGGAGAAAGCUCUUAGUGCUUUUAUAGAAAUGGCCCAAAACGAGAGAGAAAGUGUUCAAGCCAUUUUGGCAAUGGCCCAAGCCUACAUGAUCCUUAAGCAGACUCCUAAGGCCAGAACCCAACUAAAACGGUUAGCUAAAGCUAACUGGACUGUGUCAGAUGCAGAAGAGUUGGAAAAAAGUUGGAUUUUACUGUCUGAUAUAUACUGCAACAGUGGAAAGUAUGAUCUUACAAUGGAGCAACUGAAACGCUGUUUACAAUACAACAAGUCGUGUUCAAAAGCUUAUGAAUACAUGGGUUUUAUUAUGGAGAAAGAACAGGCCUAUAAGGAUGCUGCAGCUAAUUACAAAUUAGCUUGGAAAUAUAGUAAUCAAGCAAACCCUGCCAUUGGUUUUAAACUUGCUUUCAAUUACCUAAAAGAUAAGAGAUAUGUGGAAGCAAUAGAAGUUUGUCAUGAUGUCUUGAAGGUGUGCCCAAGUUACCCCAAAAUUAGAGAAGAGAUUUUGGAAAAGGCUCAAAGAGGUCUCAAACCCUAAAAAUAGAGUUCUUCUUUAAUAUAACAUUUUCUGACAUAGAAAUAUGUCACUUAUACUAGAAAUAAAAACAUAUCUUUAGUAAGGAUUAUGAAUUUUAGACUUUCUAAAGAGAAAAAUGGGCCUGAUUCUCAUUUUUAUUUAAGACCCCUUUCUGGCAAGGUGAAGAAGCCUUCCAGUAGGAGUAGACUAUGUUUAUAUCCAAGUGAAAGCUCCUUUAUCCUGUUGGGGAGGGAUAAAAAGGCUUUCUUGUACAUCAGAUUCAGGCUCGGCAUAAUGCUAAGAACAGAGUUUAAAGUUUUGAAGGAUUGCUUUAGAACAGAGAUGUCAAACUUGUUUCGAUCCUAAACAGGGGAUUUUCUGCAGGCCAGAUCCAGACCUUCAGGCUUCCCAUGGGCUGGGCAACCUGUGAGUGGCAAUGGCGUUCUUCCCACCAUUUCAGCUUGGUUCUAAAACCCAAAGACUAAACACCAUUGCUGUUUGCCCUCCCCGUUUUUCCCCUGUCACCUAUUUUAGUCACUAAGUGUGACUAAACCCCUGAUUUCCGCAAUGGCUAUUGGGGUGGGAGAAGUGGCAGGCAUUAACUCCCUGGUUUCCAGAGCUGCAUUGAAACGGUAGUUCCAAGGGCCAUGGGGAUUAGCGUCGCUGCUUCAGGGGCUUUGGCAGUCAUAACAACAAGCCCGUAAGUCAAAUCAGACCUGUGAAGGAGGGUAGUCCAGUGCACAAGAAACUAGCUGGAUCUAGUCUGCAGGCCAUGUGUUCAACACCCCUACUUUAAGCAUUCCUGGGGCCUCACAGACCUAUUAAAUGUAAUAUUUCAAGUUCUUUUACCAGCAAAUAUGGGCUAUAUUUUAUAGUUAAUAACACUAAACCAUCUUUUUUGAAAAAAAAUGUAUUAAUCUAUUCACUAAAAAUAAAUGAGCA